CUGUAGCCUCAAAGCUGCUCUUCCUGUUUGACAAAAAAGUGUGCGAACCCGUACUUCAUUAUAUCUUCACACAGCACACACACACACACACACACACACACACACACACACACACACACACACACACACACGCACACACGCACACACACACAAAUACAGUUGUUAUGGAGGAUGCAGUACGUCUCGAAUUUAAUAGGUUUGUUGUUAGACUUUCAAAAGCCAUGACACAGGAAGUUGAAGAACUGCUGAAGACUUUAUGGAACGGAGUUAUAUCCCAGAAGAGACUACAAAAUACUGCUGAUCUGAUCAACUGCCUCUUGGAAAGGGAGCACAUUUCUUUAUAUGAUGUCAAGACUCUGAAGGAUCAGUUCAAGGAUCCUCUGAAUCAGGAUCAACUGGUGACCAUGUGUGAAGAUUAUGAGACAAAAGUCAGAAGCCUUAAGCAAGAUCAUGACAGAUUACAAGACCUCAGUAACCUACACAUUAGUUCAGACUCCUACUGUACAGAGAAUCCAGAUACAGAAAAUAACAUUGUGAAAUCAGUAACCGGUGCACCCGUGCAAGAAUCAAGAUGUUACACGUUAAGAAAUAUCUUAGCCAUACCUGGACAAGACAUAUUUGAGCUAAGUUCUCCUACGUCUCAGAAUCCAGUUAUGUGUAAUACACCAGCAUAUAGCAGAGAGUCAAGUAUGGAUCCUAUGGAGUCAGAAGAUUGUCAGUCUUGUCAUGGAACCAGUGAACAGGGAAGUCCAGCUGAUAUGCAUGUUGCUUCCACUUUGUUAGUGCAUCCUCUCAUUUCUCAUAAACAACCAGAAACCCCAUCAAACAAUUCAGUCAGUAGCCUUAAUGGUAAUGAGAAGUGUGGAUUACAGGAAUACCCACAAUCUGUGUCCUUUCAGGAACUCUGUAUUUCAGGUGAACCACUUUGGUCUGAAAAAACUUUAAAGAAAUUUGUGUGCCUGGAAGAUUUUCGAACUGCAGAAAUUGAAGAACUUCACGAAGUAAUGAAGAACAUUGGAGUGCCUGUAGAGGGGCCAACUCUAUUGCGAGUAAAUGAAUUUUUCUGUAAAUACCAGAGACACCCAUCUCUGAAGCAGGGACUGAGGAAGAUAACAGAGUGCCUGAAAAGUUUGAACAGGUACAAUAUUAUAGAAGCUAUGCACCAUGAGACCUCUCUUCUCAGGUAUUUAGGUCCCAAACAAGAAGAAUCCCUCUGCAUUAAAGAUAUGCCAUUUACAAAGAGGUUUGAUUUUACUGUAGCUUUCAGUGUGGAGAAGUCAAAUGGAAAAGACUGGAGAUGUCUGGCAGAUAAACUUAACAUAGAAAAUCACUAUGUAGAGAACUGGAGACAGAGACAUUCAAACCCAGCUGAACAGCUCUUGUGUUCAUGGCAGGGACAUUCCCAAAAGAAGACAGAUUUCCAGAUGGCACUUGAUCCUACACAGCGGGUCUCUUUCCCUGGCUCUCAGGAAGAACCUUCCAGAAAAAUUCACAAAUCCAAAGAAUAUGUUUUAACUUGUCAGGAUUGGAUACCGAAACAGCCACAGAGGACAUUAAUAACCUUUCAGUCCAUGGUGGCGGAAGGGAAUAUAACAGAGGAACCCAUAAAACCCAUUUCAGGAAAAUUUAGUAAUUCAAUCUUUUAGUUUCAGAACUUUUUCAACAUAUCUGUUGCCUGUCUAUGGUGUCCUUCCAGCUGAUGUUAUUAAAAAUGUGCUA